CACCGCGACACCCCGCAGCAGCAACGACAGCAUACCACGGCUCGCAGCUCGCAGCUCGCAAAGGACGAGUGUAGUAGACGUAUGGGCACGCGUUCAAAGUUUGGGAGUGUGCUUGGAUUGCGCUACGGUCGACUUAGGUCGGUGUUUUGAAGGUCUGGGAGUGGUGGGGAGUGCGCUGGGGCGGGGGCAGUGCCAGUAGUAUUAGUGACAGUGGCGGUGGCAGCGGCGGUAGCAGCGGCAGUGGUAGCAACAGCAGCAGUAGUAGUGGCGGUAGCAUCAGCAUCAGCACCACCACCCCCCAUCGCCACGCAAACCACCACAAAACCAAUUCUCGGGUACACACACCCGUACCCAGGAGUAUGGUAAACAACCCGGCCACACCCUCCCGCCAAACACCAGAUGCCGGGACAGUGGCUUGAUUGCUACCCACAGAUGAGCGCGUAUGUUCCACGGACAGCGGAGGAGGAGGAGGAGGAGGAGGAGGAGGAGGAGGAGGAGGAGGAGGAGGAGGAGGAGGAGGAGGAGGAGGAGGAGGAGGAGGAGGAGGAGGAGGAGGAGGAGGAGGAGGAGUGGCGGUACACGACACCACCCCACACCAUUCGUCCCAUGCAGUAUGCAAAGACAUACUAA